AUGACGCCCACACUCUUUACGCCCAUCCAAGUGGGUCACAUGAGACUAAGCCACCGUAUAGUCCUCGCCCCCCUCACCCGUGUUCGUGCCUACCCCACCCACAUCCCUGGGCCCCAUGCAGCCACCUACUAUGCGCAACGUGCAUCCCUCCCGGGAACAUUCCUCAUAUCCGAAGCGACCUUCGUCUCCCAAGCUGCUGGUGGGAGGGACUUCGUCCCAGGGAUCUAUACCCAAGAACAUGUAGAAGGAUGGAAAAGGGUCACUGAUGCCGUACAUGAGAAGGGUAGCUUCAUAUUUUGCCAGCUGUGGGCACUCGGAAGGGCUGCAGUCCCAGAAGCCCUCGUCAAAGAGAAUAACUCCCCGCUUGUAUCUGCCUCUUCUAUCCCACUUUCCAUCCGUCCUACCGCGGUCCCGCACGCACUCACAGAACCAGAGAUAAAAUCAUACAUUGCCAGCUUCGUUACUGGUGCCAGGAACGCUAUCGCAGCAGGCUUCGAUGGCGUCGAAAUCCAUGGUGCAAACGGAUAUCUCAUCGAUCAGUUUUUGCAAGAGGUGAGCAACACCCGGGAGGAUGGAUGGGGCGGGAGUAUCGAGAAGAGAGCAAGAUUUGCGAUAGAGGUUGUUGAUGCGCUUGUCAAAGAAAUUGGUGCUGAGAGGGUCGGUAUCAGAUUAAGUCCAUGGAGUCCAUUUCAAGACAUGGGCCUCCCCGAUCCAAAACCACAAUUCUCCUACCUUGUAAAUGAGCUCAAGAAGUACGACCUCGCCUACCUCCACGUCAUUGAGCCACGUAUCAGCGCAGGCACUGAUGUGGAUGCGCCAUUACAUAGUAACAACGAUUUCCUGCGCGAGAUAUGGUGCAAAGAGGGAAAGAAUGGGGUGUUUAUCAGUGCGGGUGGGUACACACGACAGACUGCAAUCGAGACAGCGCAGGAGCAUGGGGGCAUGAUAGCAUUUGGCAGGUUGUACAUUCCAAAUCCCGAUCUCCCUGCCCGACUCAUACAUGACCUACCGCUUGCUAAGCCUGACCGUGCAACAUUCUACCUCGCCGGCGAUCUCACUGAGAAGGCCUACACCGACUUCCCAGCGGCAUAUGUACCAACAGAGCUGAAGUAG